AUGUCGCGCCACGCUCAAGUCGAGGAGCUCUCCGACUCCGACCCCGAGGAGGUCGCUCCCUCCGAUGACCUCCUCCCCGCAGACCACAUCAUCUCUCCUUCUAUAAUGCAUCCUUCUCCUCCGGCGGCGGGAAUGGGCAUGGGAAUGCCUCCUCCAGGCAUGGCCGCGCGACCUCAGCCACAGCCACCCCAAGAGAUCCCCAAACAUUUUCACUGUUUGUAUGCCGUAUACUUCGACAAGACUCGUACGCGCACAGAAGGGAGACAAGUGUCCAGCAAAUUGGCGGUGGAGAAUCCGCUUGCGAGGGAUAUUCUAGAUGCGUGUCAGCAGUUGGGGCUGAGAGUGGGAUUUGAGCCAGAGAAGUUACAUCCCAAGGAUUGGGCGAAUCCGGGUCGUGUGCGAGUACUGCUUAAGGAUGAGGAUGGAAAUCUCUUAAAUCCGCGCGUGAAGAAUAAGCACCAUCUUCAAACACUGGUCGCACAAUUCCUGCAAGCGCACCCUACCGACGAGAAAUCCCCCUUUCGACUUCGCAUUCACGGCCUGCCAAUGCCAGACAAGCUUCCCGACGCCCCCGCAGCCCCUCGAGGAUGGAAGAUUGGAAAGAUCCUACCUAUUCACUCGCCGGCAUAUUCAGGCGGUGGUGUGAGCGACAAUCCGUUUAAGGACGCCAUGGCCGAGAUGGAGAAGCUGGGAGGAAUGCCUGGGAUGCCCGGCAUGCCAGGUCUUCCAGGCAUGCCUCCUGGUCUGAUGGGUAUGGGAGAACCGUCCGGUAGUGCAGAGCCGAAGAAGAAGAAGGAAAAGAAAAAGGGAAAGGCUUGA